AUGGACGGAAACGGUGAGAAGGAGACGAGCAUCUCCCUUACAUCAUCACAGGAUGGAGAUAAGGUGGGAGAAGAUCGCUUAUCAGUAGUUGGUUUAAACUCAGCUGCUGAGGUUAACACGGCACAAUUGGAUUCUUCAAUAUAUGAGACUGAAGAUGAGCCUAUUACGGCGCUUGAACCAUCGGAUUUUCCGGAUUCUAUAGUUAAAGAUAUCGCAGUACAAGAUGAUGAUUCGAUAGGGCGGGUUAGAAAAGUGCUAGAGCUGGGUAGCAGUAAAGAGGCCGAUGGUUCAAAAGGCAGUCAAACUGAUACUUCUAGUGGCACCGAAUCUUUCAAAGAGAUACAAAGCUUUCCCAUAGCUAGUUCGCCUCAUCUAGUUCCAACCGCUGAUUCGAUGUCGUCAACAAAUUCGAAGGACAUUCCACCUCUGCCUGUGCGCCAAAGAAGUCCUACAAGAGCUCUUUCAUUUACAAAGAUUUCAUCAAAAACUGAGCCCUCGCGAAGGGUCUCUUCUGACUUUGAUUUGAUUGUGAAUAGAUGGCAUGAGAAGAAGCAGGAGCUGAUAGGCUUGGAUGAGAAGUCUCAGCAAAUCUUCCAGAACGAACAGAUGCAAUUGAAAAAAAGAUAUACCAAGGUCCUAGAGACUAUCCCGGUUAAUGGAAGGGAACCGGAGCACCAUGAGGAAGUGGAGGAGUAUAGUAAUAUUGACUGGAAUUUUUGGACACUUGUGGUCGAGGACUUUUCUUAUGUUGCAGAGAACGACUCCGAAAACCUAGAAAAGGCUGUUAGUAAUGGUGUUCCAGCUCCGAUCCGUGGGAUAAUUUGGAAGUUAAUAUCUAACGCUACUUCGUGUGAGAUCAAAGAAUUGUAUCACGAACUGUUAAAUAUACCAUCCGAACAUGAAAAGGCAAUCAAACGUGAUAUUAUGCGUACGAAUUACAUUCCAAGUGACAAGGUGGACUCCUUAUUCAAUGUUCUAAAGGCUUACUCCCUUUUUGAUCCAGAUGUUGGGUAUACACAGGGUAUGGCGUUUAUUACAGCUCCGCUAUUGCUAAAUGUCAGCGACGAAUCCGAGGCUAUGGAACUACUAAUUAAACUAAUGAAGAACUAUGGCCUCAGGGAGUUCUUCCUACCUGAGAUGCCAGGAUUACAGCUAAAAUUGUAUCAAUUCGAGAGAGUUCUAGAAGUCAGCUCGCCCACGCUAUACAAUUAUUUGAUCCGCUCGGGAAUACGUUCAUCCAUGUACGCUACCCAAUGGUUCCUCACCUUUUUUGCGUAUAAAUUUCCUUUGGAUUUUGUUCUACGCAUAGUUGACGUUAUUUUCUUUGAAGGCAUUGAAUCAUUGUUGAAGUUUGCUGUGGUACUUUUGCUAAAGAAUGAAUCCACGCUACUUACAUUAAACUUUGAGAAGCUUGUACAAUUCUUAAAGGACGGGUUAUUUUAUUACUACUUAAAGCAGAAUGUGGAAUAUAGACGGUCGGAGCAAAAGGACCGAGUAGAAAUUAAAUUUGAAGGCCUUACUGAUAUUACGAGCACUAAGAUGAUGGAAUUGGAGUACGAUAUUGAUGAAUUUGUACACGAUGCCAUCAAUCACGUGAAAAUUACCCCGAUUCAGUUACGAAACUAUGCUGCUGAAUAUGAGGAGAUUCAUAGACUAGAACUAGAAAAGGAAAUUGAGAUUGAAGGACUGCGAAGAAAGAAUCGACAGCUUCAAAAUGAAAUGCGCACGUUAAAACACGAAUAUACAGACUUAAACAGAGAGCACAUAUCACUGGCUAACGAGUUGAUAAAAAGGCGAGUAGAAAUGGAAACUCUCAUAGAUGAAAAUCAGGAUCUAAAGCAAACAAUUAUAGUGCUUAAAGACCAGUUUUCUAACGAAGUUCGGAAACGGGUACUACCUGAGCGAGGUGUAAACGUUCCUUCAGAUUUAAAGUUAGAUCUGGAUAAUACUAUGCGCAGGAAUUUGGAAGUUAUGGAUCACAAUCAAGUUUUAGAGGAAAAACUGUUACUUCUUGAGAAUGAGAUACAAACGCUGAAGAUGAAUAAUACGAAGCUAGCUAGCGAUAAAAGUAAAGAUGCGCGGCUAAGCACGUUUUCAGCAUUGUCUCGUACAAAAGCUAAUAAACAAUGGUCAUUUAAGGCGCCAUGGUAG